GUUUUUCACACAGCCUGUCGCUUAAAGUGAGCUGAGCUACGGGGGUUUCCUUGUCUUUGACUGGAGACCAACUCGCAGAGAGGCAGGCGGAUGAUAACAGCAUCCUUUGCUGUUAUUCAGCCAUCACACAUCUCAAAUGAACUGCUCGCAAAGAAGCCACUGAUCGUGCCUACUGCUUUUUGCAGGGCAGAGAUACUGAUCAGUGUCUAAAAACUGCAUCUCUUUUUCAUAUGAGAUUAUUUUUUCAUAGACUCCUUUUUUUUAUUUCAAGGUCUCUGUAGCCUGACUCUUUCCACCAUGGUGCUAGGAAAGGUAAAGAGCUUCACUGUAAGCUACGACUGUCUCAAUGACAGCAAUGUUCCCGUCUUCUCCAGUGGGGACUGCGUCUCAGGGAGGGUGAUCAUCGAAGUCACGGGAGAAAUCCGAGUGAAAUCUCUCAAAAUCCACGCAAAGGGAUUUGCAAAAGUUCGUUGGACUGAAUCGAGGAACGCAGGAUCCAACACUGCCUACACGCAAAAUUACACAGAAGAAGUGGAAUACCUAAAUCACAAGAAUAUUUUAAUUGGACACGAGAGAGAUGCCUUCGUAGAGCAUUUUUCUCAGGUAUGGUAUACAUGUGUUUGGAAUAUUGUCCUCCUUGUUUUUCAGACGAUGACAACUCUGAGGAAGGACUCACCACUAUCCAUUCAGGAAGACACGAGUAUGCAUUCAGCCUCGAGCUUCCACAGACACCUCUGGCUACCUCUUUCGAAGGGAAGCAUGGCAGUGUGCGCUACUGGGUAAAGGCAGAACUCCACAGACCAUGGCUCCUGCCCAUGAAGACCAAGAAAGAAUUUACAGUCUUUGAGCACAUUGACAUCAACACUCCAUUACUGCUGUCACCACAGGCCGGCACGAAAGACAAGACACUUUGCUGUUGGUUCUGUACCUCAGGUCCUAUUUCCCUAAGUGCCAAAAUCGAAAGGAAGGGAUACACCCCAGGAGAGUCAAUCCAGAUCUUUGCUGAGAUCGAGAACUGCUCGUCCCGUAUGGUGGUGCCAAAGGCGGCCAUCUACCAGACCCAAACCUUCUAUGCCAAAGGGAAGAUGAAGGAGGUCAAGCAGCUGGUGGCCAACCUGCGGGGAGAGUCUCUUUCCUCGGGCAAAACAGAGACCUGGAGUGGCAAGAUGCUGAAGAUCCCACCAGUCUCCCCCUCCAUCCUGGACUGCAGCAUCAUCAGAGUGGAGUACUCCCUCAUGGUGUACGUAGACAUACCUGGAGCGAUUAACCUGUCCUUGAACCUGCCCCUGGUCAUCGGAACCAUCCCUCUCCACCCUUUCGGCUCUCGCACCUCCAGCGUCAGCAGCCAGUGCAGCAUGAGCUGGCUCGGCAUGGGUCUGCCUGAGAGGCCUGAAGCUCCUCCUAGCUAUGCAGAAAUUGUGACAGAGGAGCAGAGGCAGAGCAGUCUGGAUGUGCCGGCAGCCCGUGAGGAGCUGGACGGACCUCUAUUUGCCUAUAUUCAUGAGUUCCGCUUCCAGCCACCUCCUCUGUACUCUGAGAUCGAUCCUAAUCCAGAUCACGCCAGUCGUACAGAGGAGCGCAGGCUGGAUGCCUGUCCCUCCCGCUGAAGGUUCUCCCAGAUAUUCCCCUAACUGUAUGGGGGAACUCAAAGAAAACCUGCUUGCAAGGCUCAGCUUUGUUUAUUUUUCUCCAGCAACAACGCUCACUCAGCGCUGUUGACCUGAAGAGAAAAGUAUCCAACCAACCAACCAACAAAGACUUGGACAAAUACUCACUGUUGAGUUGGGUUGGAAAAGUCUGUUCCUGCCUUCCCUCAGUGAGAGAAACAGGAGUCACUAGUUUGGGGCAUCACUUCCUUCCUGUGUCAGCCAACUGAGGGUGGGGGUGGGAUAAGUACAGAUGAACACAUUCAGUCUGUAUGAAUACCCUAAUGUGCUGCGAGAGCUUUGGUGAUAGAAUUGACACUGACAAGGAAGAAUCAGCUCGCCAAGCUCCUCUUUAACCCCUGAUUCUCCUGUACUCAUGGCACAUAAGGACAUGGCUCCUCACACAAAGGGCAGGACUCAUCAUGUCCAGACUUCAGGAGAAUCCCCAGAAAACAGGAUGAAGAGAAAAAUAUAACACCAUCGUCUGUAUGAAAGGAAGCAGUCUGCUGCAUCAGUCAACAACAGAGCCAAGACUCGGUCCUCCUGCCUCGUUUGGGAUUUUGUUUUGCACAUUUUAUUCUUGAGUUGUGUGGCUCUGUUUAAUAAGAAUUUUAAAAAUCACUAAUAGUUUGGUUUCAGCCUUGUGAUGCGCCAGACUAAGAGACUGCAGGCUUAACUUUUGAGACUUUCUUUUGAGCAACGCUGAGAACAGGAUUUGAUGUCUGAAAAAAAGAAUGAAAAGGACAAGAACAAUGCACUGAAUUUUGUUUAAGCUGUUUAAGAAUUUUCUUUAUCUCCUUAUGACAUUUCCUCAGUGACUUAUAAUAACUAGGACUGGACUUUGAUGACAACUGCAGCACAUGAUCUCCAUCUGGAAGUUCUUUUAAGUUGUUGCCUCCUCAGCUUGGAUCCAAGUGUGGCUUCCCUCCUCUUUUAGUUUAAUUCUGUUGUUCUGUUUUUGUGUUUAACUCCAAUCAUAGAAUAGCUUAGAACCUUUUUUGUGUUGAGGUUGCUCUGGAUUUGGACUAGGAGGGUUGCAGACCUGCAUUGGCCACUCAAAAUUGUAGCUGUGGAGAGAAGUGUGAGUCUGCUUGUGAGUGUGUGUGUGUGUGUGUGUGUGUGUGUGUGUGUGUGUGUGUGUGUGUGUGUGUAACGGAGAGGUUGCUACAAUAUGGAGGGACUCGCCUAAUUACCUGCAGCCCCUCUACUCCUAAUCUCAGGGCAAGCCAGGCUUGCAUAACUGCCCAAAAAGGCACUGUCUCUUGUGGUCUUCUCACUUGCCAAAUGGUUGGAGAUAAAAGAAGAAAAAACGUGUAGGUUUUCUUUGAAAUUGCACUGUUGAAAAUAAUGUCGUUUUUUUUUAAACUACCAAAACGUGAGAAGUAUCCUGCAGAGAAGCAAGGCAGCUUUCUGAGAUUUAUCACAUUCCCUUUUUGUCCUCACCCAGUGCAUCUAACCUACAGUCAGAUUAAACCAGACCAGUGAAGCCAGAAUGCUACAAAAAAAAAAGAAGGAAAAAGGAGAAAUGACUCUGCUCCUACGUUUUUAAAGGAGCAAACCCAGCACAAAUCAAAAGUUGGGGACGUUGCUAAACUUCUGUUGAGACUGGCCAGAACAAGUAGUAGUAGGUUGACAUGAGUAAUACAUUGGUUUUCUAACUCAUUCAACAUAAAAGACCAGCUGCAACAGAGGAUUUGCAUAGCCAGGAAAAAAGGAAAGCAGCACUUUUUUUGAUAAGAAAGUAAUAAAAAAGCAUUCAAAGGUGAAGGUCUGGAGAUACAAUAUUUGUAUUAAAUGAUUCUUCUUGUGUAGGACGCUAAUCCAUCAUUAAAUAUUUUUAAGUUUACAUUUUAAA